AUGGCUGCAGGGCUCAAAGUGUUAAGGCCCUCCCAUCAAUCACACCAUCAUCAAGGAGGGAGAGAGCAAAAUGAUGUAUGGAAGAAGGAAGAAGAAAGAGAUAUACUGUCUCCCAGUUCCCAACUCACUUCUGAGCCCAGUUCAGAUUACUCACUGUCUUAUGGAUCAUCCUCGCACCGAACUGCAACUCCUGAUUUCUAUGCAUCAGGCACUGGUGGAACUGUAGAACCUUCACUGCGUUCAGAGCAGACACGAACCACUGUCAGCUAUAAGACUUUAACUGGAGAAGGCCCGAGAGACAGAACAGAGGAAGCAGUAGACAGGAUUCAGCGCAUGUUCCCUACAGUCUCUGAAGAUCACAUCCGUGAACUGUUGAAGAAGUACCAUGUGAGGGAGAACGUGGUGAUAAGUGCAUUGCAGGUGGCUCAUCAUCCCAUUGUACAACCUGGUUCCGGACAAAGAAGGGAUUCAGGUCCAUCAGUUGCUUCAAAUAUUUCAUCCACCCAGGAAUCACCGUCCUUGAGGAACACAUCCACUGGCAGCAUCACUCCACUCCGCAGCCUCACCCAGCCUAAACCCCAUUCAUCUCCUAAAAUGAAGCUAAGAUACCUGAAGAAUGUAUAUCCAAGUGCAGAGGAGACAUUCCUCCUUGACCUUCUCUCUGGUUGCGACAACAACGUUCAGGAAGCGAGUGAACGUUUAUCAGAACUGGGUUAUGCCAAGCGUGACACACCAGUUCCUGGAUCAAAGUCACUUGCAAAGAAAGAUAAGCCCUCUGACGUUAUCUCUCCUGUGUCCAAGAUAAUAUCAGAAGAUGAUAAACGAACAAUAAAGAAAGGAUUUCAAGAGAAGUAUCGAGACAUUUCUGUGACUGUGCUGAACAUGGCCUUGGAGAGCACCCGUUAUGAUUCUCAACAGACUGAUAAGAUCCUAAAAGAUGUCAAGCAUGAAAUGCAAGAGAUGGAACGUGAGAAGCGCCAAGUAGGGGAUGCAAUGCAUGACUCACCCAAGCAUAGAAGCCCUCGCCUCCCUCGGGCCUCAUUUCAAAGCUCUCCUAAGCAUGGAGUGAAUGGCUCUCCCAAGCGUGGACUCCCAGGUUCUGCUACUGAUUCACCUAAAAAGUUGCCUGUCAUCCCCUCAGAGCCAUCAAGGAAACAGGAGGCACCUAAGAAGGUAUAUCUCUCCAAGAAUCAUGUUGGAGCAAAAGGACCAAAUCCUGCCCUACGAAAAGGAGUCAGUGACACUUUGCUCCUGAAGACUUAUGUGAUUUGGUCAGGUCCAGAUGCAGAUUUGCAUGUGGGCCCCAGAAAAGAUCUUUUGCAGAAAGCUGCUGGAGGGAUUCAUUUGGCAAAGGGAUCUGAUCCAAGUCUCAGUCGAGGUCCCAAUCCCAAUCUUGUCAAGGGCUCCUUCCGAUGUGGGAUGCCCUUUUCCAAUCCACACCUGAUGGAAACACAUCACCAUAUUCAGCAUCUUGAAGCUGUGUGAUUAUAUGAUUGAAGAAUACCAAUUAUGAUUGGUAUUUAUGCUUAACCCUUCAGCAAGGGAGUAUUUUCCAUGUCCUAUACACAUCCAGGGGGAGAUAACAUUCUUUGCCAUUGUAAGAAAAGAGGAAUAUAUUUUCAACAUCCACCAUGGGUAGCAGCUCUGCCUGAUGCAAAGACAGUGACAAGAAAAAUCUGCAAACUUCAAAAGACACAGAAUAUCAUGAUGGGAGGAGAUGAGAGGAUGGAAAUUAAAAAAUAACUUAAAACAACCCUUUCCAAUUCUAAGACAAGCUGCUUCAAGUUAUAAAAUCACUUUUAAAAAGGAGCAGGAAUCAAAAUCACUUGUACCUGUCUCCUAGACACAUGCAUUGAGCAUUUAGUCUCAUGAUGCUAAAAAGACCCAUGAAAUCAACAAUAUGAAAAGAUGGUAAGAAGCUUAUAUUAAGUAGACCUGAAAAUAAGGCUCUUGAAGGUUAAUGGGUGAAAUGCAGCUCAUUAUUGUGAAUUUAUCAAUUCCAUCCCCCUUUUUAAUUCUCUCAUCUAAUCUAACCUACAAAUUUGAUGAUUUUAUGAGGACAUUCUAUGACAUCUCUCUCUUAUGCAGUAUUCACUUUCAUGUCAAUAUUUACUGUUAAGUACCAUAUUUACUCAUGUAUAAGGCGAAUUUUAAAUGCAUAUUUUACUGAGGUUGAUGAGGGGGUGUGCCUUAUGCUUGGGAUACAAAAUGUCUUUUUUUGGGGGGGGAAAACUUUUUUUUCAAGCACACCUAUAAUUCAUUGGUCAUUUAUUGAGGCAGAAACAGUGUCUAUAGUUGGUAAGAAGGGGAAAUAUAAAAUAAUGAUAAUACUAAAAACGGUAAAUGGGGAAUGGCUAUGUCAAUCUGCACACAGUUCACUCUGUAUUGGAAACUGAGAUGUCUGGUGGUGUGGAGAAUUCAUUCAGGGAGCUCUCAUUAUCCAAGAUGGGGCAUUUCCAAAGACAAUCAUGUCUCUGGGAAAUUAUUGAGCCCCUGAGGUUUUCCAACGAGGCCAGAAUGAAGCUAAAUGUUUAAACUGUAAGCUUUGAGGAUUUUAUUACAGGAGAAUGGACUUUCUCUUUUACAUAUUCAGCCACUUCCUUCUUGAUUAAUGGAAAUGAUCCCUUUUUCCCCACCAAAGGCCAUGAGAUUUGUUUGUGUCCUGCUCAAUUUUGCCUUUUCCUUGAUCUGCUUCCAUUUGCAGCUUUCCCCGAUGUCUUAUUAAUUAUUGCAUGGAUACCUUCACUUCCUGAAUCACUUUGAUUUUUCUCCUGCCAUGUGACUUGGCCCAACAUUUCUAUCCAUUUUCACAGAUAAUGAAACAAAUGUUAGUGACUGUGCCCUACGUUGUGAAAGGUCAUCACAGUGAAUGGGAAAGUAGGCUUGACCAACCUCACGACCAUCCCUUAUUCAACACCUUUGUCCCUGACACUUUUUGCUACAAAAUAGGGAGGUGCAGCUUAUACACAGGAAAUCUGUUUUUUACACAAAUUGGGGCCUCAAAAGUGGGUGUGCAUCAUGCAACAUGGUGGUGCACCUUACUUGAGUAAAUAUGGUACUUGAGGUUGUGCAGUCUGUUACUAUCUCAAAAUGUCUCACUUUGUCCUACAAUAAUGCAGCACAUGCUCAAGUGACUGAUACAGGAAGCUGUAAGUGCUAAAAUCUUAAUUCAUGGGUCUCAAUUGUCUCAUAGUAUCACAAAAGAACUCAGGUGGACUUGUCCCCCCAAGGUAGACAGAUAUAUACAUAUAACAAUUCUGUCGUAAAGUGCCUGGUGUCAUUAGACUUGGAAAGGGUUUAAUGCUUAACCACUACAAACAUCAAAUGAACUCUUUAUGGAGAAUAUUUCAAAAAUAUUUUGGCAAAGAAUCUAUUGAUACUCCUAUACUGUAGCUUGCCUAAAGCACUCAAUGUUAGAUAUGAAUGUAAAAGAAACUUCAAGAGGGUUCAAGCCUCCAAAUAAUAUCCUAAUCAUUUUUAGCAAUAUAUCAUGCAAAACUGAUUACUAGAAAAGCAUAUGUAACAUUUCCCACAAUUGCUUCACAAUUGUGAGAAAAACCUUUUCUAUUUCUUACUUUCACACCCACCAAUUUCUUUUGUACUGAAAAUGUCAAUCACACACUGCUGUUCUAACUAUGAUGUGACUCAUAUAA